CCCAGCAAUAUAUACACAACCUUAUUCUUUAUCCUCAAACCAAUUCAAAUGGAUUUAGUUCUAAAUUACCUAAACACUACAAUAAUUGGACUCCUUUCUCUAAUCAUCUUGCGUUUGUUCAUACUAUGUCGUCCUUCCAAAGUUGAUCAUAGUAGAGAGGCUCCAAUAGUGGAAGGUGCAUGGCCUAUAUUUGGUCAUCUUCCAUUAAUGUUGAGUGGUUCAAAUUCAACGACACCCCAUAGAACAUUGGGUGCCAUGGCUGACAAAUGUGGACCACUAUUCACCAUAAAGCUUGGUUCCACACCAACUUUGGUACUCAGCAAUUGGGAAAUGGCUAAAGAAUGCUUCACCACAAACGACAUGGCCGUUUCAUCUCGACCAAAACUUGUUGCAGUUGAACACAUGAGUUACAACCAAGCCGUGUUUAGUUUUGCACCCUAUGGUCCUUAUUGGCGUGAACUGCGUAAGGUUGCAACUCUAGAGAUCUUCUCAAGUCGCAGAGUUGAUCAACUACGAGAUUUUCGUGUGUUGGAAGUUCAAACAUCGAUUAAAGAGCUUUUCAAUGUUUGGUGCAAAAGAAGGAACGAAUGUAACUAUGUGUUGGUGGAUAUGAAGCAGUGGUUUUUUCAGUUAACUUUCAACAUGGUUCUUCGAAUGGCCGUUAGGAAGAGAUAUUUUGGUGAUGAGACUGGUGUUGAUGAGAAUGAAGGACAGAGAUGUAUAAAGGCUUUGAGAGAGUUCAUGCGUUUGACGGGGGAAUUCACUGUGGGAGAUGCUAUUCCUUAUCUGAGAUGGUUUGAUUUCGGUGGCCAUGAGAAGGCUAUGAAGGAAACUGCAAAGGAAUUCGAUAGAAUUUUAGGUGAGUGGUUAGAGGAACACUGCAAGAACAGGACUUUGGAUGAAAAGGUUGAUCGUGAUCAAGAUUUGAUGGACGUGAUGCUUUCAGUGUUUGAUGGAACAACAAUUGAUGAGUUUGAUACUAAUACCGUAAUCAAAGCCACAAUAUGGACAUUAAUUGUGGGAGGAACUGACACAAGCAGUGUUACUCUUACAUGGGCAUUAUCUUUGAUAUUGAGAAAUCCUCUUAUAUUGGAAAAGGCAAAAGCAGAACUUGACACACAAGUUGGGAAAGAGAGAAGUGUUAGUGAGUCAGAUAUAAGUAAACUAGUAUAUCUCCAAGCUAUAGUCAAAGAAACACUAAGAUUGUAUCCACCAGCUCCUCUAUCGGGACCUCGUGAAUUCAUAAACAAUUGCACAUUGGGUGGCUAUGAUGUUAAAAAGGGAACUCGAUUAAUCACAAAUCUUUGGAAGAUUCACACUGACCCUAAUGUGUGGUCAGAUCCAAUGGAAUUUAAACCAGAAAGGUUCCUUACAACUCAUAAAGAUAUUGAUGUUAGGGGUCAUCAUUUUGAGUUGUUACCAUUUGGAAGUGGUAGAAGGAUGUGUCCUGGAAUAUCCUUUGGCCUACACAUUGUUCAUUUAACUCUGGCCAGUUUUUUGCAUUCCUUUGAAAUCUUGAACCCAUCUUCUGAACCUAUUGACAUGACUGAAUCCUUUGGAUUGAGCAAUGUCAAAGCUUCUCCACUUGAGAUUAUGGUUAAACCGCGUUUGUCUCCCAAUUGUUACGAAACUAUGUAAUCCUUAUGUGAGUCGUGCAAUCUGUGUUCCUUUGUGUAUUGUUGAUUGUAAAAUUAUGUGAUGCUUUCUAAUCUAUUUAAUUUGGUUAAAUAUAUGUCUCCCAAAAUAUUAUGAAACCAUGUCUCCCAACUGUUAUGAAUAAACCUUGUAAUCCUAGCUAGGUGCUUGCUUACUUUCAUUUAAACAUCAUGAAGGUGGAGAAGAUGAUAAUUUGAUGAUUUUUUUUGUAU